AGCUAGAAUCACGUCGCCCUCUGGCUGCAUUGCUAACUGUACUUAGUAUAUUUUGUUUCUUUAAGUUUGACUGCUGAGCUAGCUGCGGCCGUCUGCAGUGAGCUACUAAUUAAUACUGCAGCAAGACAGCAACAUAGAUAUAUGAUGAGAUGAGGACGCUGAGGGACAGUCAAGCCUGCGUCUGCGACCUGCGGUGGCGCGAGUUGAACUACCCUCCCGCCGCGGCUCAGGAUCAGCAGCACAGCUUGGUAUCCCAUGCACAACAUCUGUGGAACGAUUGGGAGAUCCAAUGCUUAGUGUUGGUGAGCUUCUCCCUACAGGUCUUCCUCCUCUUCUCCGCCGUCUUCCGAAAACGGCACCGCUCCGUCGUGCUCAGCGUGCUGCUCUGGCUGGCUUAUUUAUCAGCGGACUCUGUGGCAGUCUACCUCCUCGGCCGCCUCACGCUCCUUGUGGGUGAUGACCCGCGCCACCAGAUUGUGCUCUUCUGGGCUCCAUUCCUGCUACUCCACCUCGGCGGGCAGGAGACCAUGACAGCCUUCUCCAUGGAGGAUUGUGCGCUGUGGAAGCGUCACCUUCUGAACCUGGCCACCCAGGUGUCGCUGGCCGUCUAUGUCGUGUGCAGGCAGUGGCGUGGAGGCACCAAGCAGCUGGUGGCUCCCACAACGCUCAUGUUCAUCGCUGGGAUGACCAGCUAUGCCGAGAGGAUAGUGGCACUCAAGAGAGCCCAGCCAUCGUCAUCGAUGUCUUCGUCGGAAAGCAGCAACUCUAUACAUACUUACAAAGAAGACCACGGUAUCGCGCACAGAAUGAAUAAAUACUAUGACAAGCAAGCAUCCAUCAUUUCACAGAAGCAAGAGAGAAAUUUCAGUGAAGUCAUGGAGCUUGCCACCUUUGGCUUCAGCCUAGGCUUGGAUUUCUUGAUGGAUGUAGCGAAAGGUUAUCUCGCAGAUCCAACGGCUUUAAUUGAUUCUUUGGAAACUGAAGAAAUAAUGUUGAGCCGUCGAUCUUCAGACACGGAUGACAUGUCAUUCAAGUUGGCUGAGAUCCAUCUCUCAUUGAUCUACGACCACUUGUACACCAAGUUUGGAGGAAACCUCAUGGCAGUGUGCUGCCGCCUGACCACAUUUGCCCUAACAAGUAUUGCCCUCGUUCUGUUUGUUGUAUCCACCAGGCUUGAUCACAAGGGGAACACCUACUAUGAGACAGCAGACAUAACCAUAUCUUACAUAUUACUUGUGGGGGCCAUUGCAUUGGAGAUAUCAUCUGUCUUCCUGUGGCUCUUGUCAUCGUAUUCACCAUGGAAAUUUCUACGAACCUCGUCUGGUGCAGGCAGAGUGUUGUACAGCAUCAUCAAAUAUCUCGGUCGUCUAGAAAGCAGAGUGGAGUGGUCAUGGAAGAUGCAACAACUGAACAUGGUUGACUGGUGCAUCCAGGAGAGACAAACUACUGCAGGAUGGCUUGAACGGAUGAAGCGUUGUGUCGGCAUUGAAGGACGAGCCUGCACCAAGCCUGUCGAAGUAUCUGCAGACCUAAAGAAUCUAGUCCUUCAUAAAAUGCUUAAGACAUUACGUGGCGCUAGACCUUAUUCAAUUGCUCCCGGCAUUAGACAGUGGGUGUUGGACUUGACCAAAUUCCGUGGCCAGUGGGCUCAAGUGUGGGUUCAUGGUUACUCAAUUAGCAACAGCAGCCAGAGGAGGCUGCCCCAAGUAGUGCAGCGCCUCACCGAGCUCCUCGCCAAAACAAAAAAGAGGGAAAAAGAAAGCAGUGCAGCACCUCAACGAGCACCUGAGAUUAAUAGUCAGUUCCAAGAUUUGGGUUUUGUGAAGAGUGUUUUUCUUUGGCACCUAGUUACAGACCUAUGCCUACUAGAGGAUCAGGCUGACAAUGACACUACUACUACUACCACCACUACUACUAGUAGUAAGAAUUAUAAGUUGAAAAGCUCGAUCCGGGAGUUAUCAAAUUACGUCAUGUAUCUCCUUGUCAAGUGCAAAGCAACGGUCACUCUGUACGAUAUUGACAGUCUCAGUGGCAUUCGACAAUCAAUGCUGCGUGCUUUCAUCAGAAAUGACCAACAAGUUGAUCGGAGGUAUAUCCUCGAGAAUAUCCGUAAGUAUGACGACGUGUACGGUGUGUUUGGAAAAGCUAACAGUAUCGCAUUGGAGUUGAUUCAAGUGGGGAAGGAGGAGGAGGGUCUCUGGGACCUGAUCGCUAUAGUAUGGGUUGAGAUGCUCUGCUACAUUGCCUUUAAUUGUGAUGCCGCUUUCCACACUAAACAGCUAUGCGCUGGUGGGGAGUUUGUCACCCAUGUCAAGAUGCUUCUCCUCAUUCUAGAUUUUUCUUUUUAAACACGAACUAUGAUCAAUUCUGUAUGUAAUUGAUAUUUCCUCCACUCAUGAUACAAUAACCUUGAUGUUU